CGAUCCGAUCCGAGUUGUAUUUUAACAACGCUCGCUUCUCCGGAACACGUAUGGCCUUGUCCUCAGCCAAACCAGUCAACCUUCACAGAUUUUAUGUGCUUGAAUACUGGGUCAAAAGAAAUCCGAGGCGUUUUACCGUGCUUUUUUGAAUCCUUUUCCAGUCUUUCCGGUGUGAAUUCUGCGGCUCGGGAAGGCUGAAACCCGCCGCCAUCGGAUUUCAAGAUUAUCACCCCUUUUCUCGUCACACAUUAGAGAAGCAACUAGACUAGUGUCAUCCAGCAAAAUGAAAGUCAUUCUUCAACGGGUGUUAUCUGCUUCCGUCACGGUGGACAAGACGAUAGUGUCUUCAAUUGGCAAAGGAAUCCUCGUCCUGGCGGCUGUGGCUCCUGGAGAUACGGAGAAGGAGUGCGAGAGCAUGGCGACCAAAAUCCUCAAGAUGAGACUCUGGGACGAUGACUCCGGCGGUAGAUGGAAACUAAACGUGAAAGACAUUAAUGGCGAGGUGCUCUGUGUAUCUCAAUUCACACUCCUUGCUUCAACUAAAAAGGGAACCAAGCCGGACUUCCACGGAGCCAUGGGAGGAGAUGAAGCCAAGGGGCUUUAUCAUUAUUUCCUCCAUCAGGUACAGGCCGGAUAUCAAGCAGACCGCGUGAAAGACGGUGUGUUCCAAGCCAUGAUGGAGGUGGCUUUGGUCAAUGACGGCCCCGUCACGCUGGAGAUGAACGUCCAGCCGCCAAAGCCUAAAGAAACCAUGAAUACAGCCGUGAGCAAAUAAUCACAUGGCAUGCCCCUUUUGGCUUAUAUCUAGACGUCGUCAAGUAUCUAUUUCUACUUCUAGGUCUAGUAAUAUUCUAAUCUAGUCUAGUCCACUUUAUAACUGAUUCUGCUUAUACCC